CCUGCCCUCGUCGGCUCCACCUUCUCCUGGACCUCAACGUGGAGUCGAGCACGUGUCGCUGAGCCGGCCGCGCGCCAGCGCAGCGGCGUCGGCGUCGCCGUCACCCGCCGCGGUGUCGCCACCCGGCGCCGCUCGCCGCGAGUCCCGCCGGCGCCCCCGCCCCCGCCCGCGCGCGGCGGCCACACACCGACGCGCCGCGCUCUCCUGCCGAGGCGCUGCCGCCCGCGCUGUUCGACGCCAGGGCGACGCCUCUCGCACACCCGCCGCGCCGAGGAGGAGGCCGCGCGCGACCGCCUGCCACACGAGGCGGCGCUGCUGCGCCAGCUGCUGCGCGCGGGGGGCUGUCUGCGGCGUGGGAGAGGUGCUGCUGCCGUUGGUGGCGCCGCCGCCGACGUCGUGCGGCCCCCGCCGCCGCUGACUGCGCCGACAUGGACGUACGUGCAGUUCAAGAAGGUGAGCGGCGGAGCGCGCGCCGACUGCCGGCUGGUGCGCGGGCUGGUGUGCACCAAGAACGUGUCGCACCGCGCCAUGCCGCGCCGCAUCGCGCACCCGCGCAUCCUGUGCGUGGGCUGCGCCGUGGCCUUCCAGCGCGUGGCGCGGCUGGCGGCGCUGCGGCCGUCGCUGGUGCUGGUGGCGCGCGGGGUGGCGCGGCCGGCGCAGGAGCUGCUGCUGGCGGCCGGCGUGGCGCUGGCGCUCAACGUGAAGGCGAGCGUGCUGGCG